CUCUUUGAGAAAGAGAGACGUAAGGUUGGAGUGGUGGUGCUUAACAAAUUAAGCCAAAGAGAAAAGAGAAACAGAGUCAAUAUAACAACGCAACAACAAAAGAAGAUGGAUAUCAAGCAGGUUGAAGAUGGAUUGAAGGUCCUAAAAGAUGAUAAGGUAGUAGCGAAUUUGAAUUUGGAGAAACAAAAACACCAGGAACUUGACGCUGGCAGUGCGCUUCAAAUGUUUCUUGAUCGCAUCCCUGUCAGUUCUAUCCCUGGCAUCAAGAACUCUCCUGUUGUGGAAUUGAAAACCGGGGAUAGUAUAAAAGAUGCAAUCCAAUUGUUGUAUGACAAGAAUGUCUCUGGUGCUCUCAUUGCUGCUGAUGCUGUAGAUCCUGAUACUACAUUCGGAAGAUCUUCAGAUCAAUAUAUGGGGUUUAUUGAUUUUGUUAGUUUGGUUCUUUGGUCUCUUGAGGAAUGUGAAAAGGCUAAUGUUCAGGCUAAAGAAAAUGGUGGCAACGGGACUGGAACAGGCAGCUUCUUUACCAUGCUUAAACAGAGUCCUGAAAUCUCACAAACAAAGGUGGGGGAGUUAGCUAAGUGUUUCCUCUGGGAUCCGUUUUUCCCUGUACAUUUGGAUGAUACCCUGUUCCAUGUUCUGCUGCUCCUUUCGAAGCACCACCGCCUGCAGGCAGUGCCUGUUAUAGACCAAUCGGGUUUUCAGGUCAUUGGUUUUGCAACACAGAAUGCAGUAAUCCAGUUGUUGCUCCAAUCAAGUGGGCUAGGGUGGUUUGAUGGCAUUGCAGACAAAGCUUUGUCCGAGUUCCGCUUUGAAAGUGAAGUGCGAGUAGUCAUUUUAUACAGCAAUCAAAGCUUGGCAGAAGCUCUUAGCAUGUUAUGGGAAAGCCGAAUAGGAGCAGUUGCAGUUGUAAAUCGAGAAACUGAGAAGAUCAUUGGUUGCUUGAGGAAUAGCGAUGUUUAUCUUCUUUUGGAGCAUCAUGAGCUACUCAAUGAUAGAAAGAGCCUAACCAUGCGGGAAUUCAUUCACAUGGAAACUGCAAAAGACAAUGUUGAUCCUACUGUUGAUCAAGACCUUGGGGCUUUUCUCUCAGCUGGUGUUCUUCGCCUACGAAGCAGUGUCCUGCCAAGAAUGUAUGCUCCAGUCACCGCCAGAAGAAGCAACACUCUCAAGCAAGUAAUGUACAUGUUAACAGAGACAAAAAGCAGUCAUUGCUUCCUGCUUGAUGAUUCACAGAGACCAACAGGCAUGCUCACACUAAGAGAUAUAAUCAUUCAGUUUGCUCCCCCUUGUAUAGAUUCAAGUAUCCGCGGAGGUGGUUUCUUCGAAUCUGCUCUAGAACAGACAGGGUGCCAGGUCAAGGAUGGAACCAUAGUUUGUGAUAAUUGAAUUGUUUAAUUGUUUAAUUCGACUUGAGGGAUUUUUAGGAUAGGCAAGAUGAUAACCUUGCCCGGCGUAAGUUCAUGCCAAAGGAACUUGAUAUGUUAGUGUCACAAUCACAAGUGGGAAAAUAGCAAGAACACUAAGGAACACGAGCAUUGAAUUGCCCUUAUGACUUUACUUGUUCAUUUCAUUUUAUACAACUAUGGAUGUCAGCUUAAAUCCGUUUAUUCA